GAUAUAAGAUGUUAAAGAGGUACCACUGUGAUAAAAUGAAAAGGAUAUACUUUUUAGCUGUUAGAGAAUUCAUAAGAGUUUCAGAUAAAAAGAUAAAAGAUAAAGCUGUAAGGAUUUGACUGCAGAAUUAUUGUGUUUUGUUUUUCUGUGCAGGGAGGAGGUAUUAGUUAAUGAUAAAGGUCUGGCCAGAACCUUGAUCUUAUCAUGGCACUGUGUAGUUGUUCAGUUUCUCCUAAUGGGAGACCACAAUGGUGAGGCCAGUCAGCUCCAAGAGAAAACUUUUCAGUGCCAGCAAAGAACAGAAAGAAAAUGAGCCAGCCGAUGGCAAAUUAAGGGCCAAGCAAGGUGAGGCCCUGGGCUACCCGGAGAGCUUCAGUGUAAACAGCAUUGGAGGCCAGCGGAAAGGUGGGGUUGCCGCCAACAACCACCACAAUAACAACUCUAGCCUUGGGAUAGGAGGGUGCAGCGGCAACGUGGGGGGAGCUGGGAAAUUGGUUGAAGGGGGGUGGGGGGCUGAAGAUGUAGCACCUUCAACCCACCACACCCCCAACCGCCCGGUCAUGCCCAUGUCGGAACGGCAGCAGAUUGCCCUUCUCAUGCAAAUGUCAUCACCCUCACCUCCAGACAAAGUAGAACUGAGCCGUUCCAGCAGUCCUCGCACGCCAGGUACCCCAAGUGUUUGCCGUGGUGUUAACAAGAGGAAUGAGCGCGGAGAGACACCCCUCCAUGUAGCCGCCAUCAAGGGGGAUACAGAGAGGAUCUCUCAGCUGAUUACUCAAGGUGCUGAUGUCAACGCUACCGACUAUGCCGGUUGGAGUGCAUUACAUGAGGCUUGCAAUCGAGGCUUCUACGGAGUGUCAAAGUUGUUGAUUGAAGCGGGGGCAGACGUAGAUGCCAAGGGACUUGACAACGACACUCCACUACACGAUGCAUGCGUCAACAAUCACUUUAAGCUGGUGCGCUUAUUGUUAAGGUGUGGGGCUGGAGUAAAUGUGGUGAACCGUCGUGGCAAGACCCCCCGUGACGUGUGCCGUUCCCCAGGCAUUGUGGCGCUGAUCGAGGCAGCGGCACGCGGCCAGCUCCAGGACCUGGGAACAUCUUCAGGGGACGAGCUCACACCACAACAGAAAGGCAGUAGUUGUACAAGCAUGUCGAGGCGGACUCCUCCUGCUAACAAAUCUAAUGAGGAAAAGCCUGGUGGUGGUAGUAGUGGCGGAGGCGGCCCUGGGUCUCCAAGAGUGACACUGCGACUGCCCAACACCGUCACACGCACGCCAGAGAAGCCACCUCGCCCACAUGACAACAAGGCAGUGAUGGAGAACAGCGAGGACGUGUACGAAUUCAAAUGCAGCAAGGACGAGGCACGGGGUGGGGAGGAGGAGGAAGACAAGAGCGCGGGGGGUGGAAAUAACCGGACGGAAGGGGGAACGGGAGGGGGGCCACCAGAGGAAAAGGCAGACAAAAGGGGGAGGGAGCCUGAUGCAGAGGAGGAUGAGGAGGCACGCAAGAAGAGGAAGAAGGAGGACACCAAGGAGGGGGCCAAGGGGGUUGGGAGGGGGGCCAACAGACCAGCAGGAAACUCUGAGAAAGGAGUGAAGUCAGGAGGUCGGGGCAACAGCAGCGCCAGCAGUGGGGUUGGGGGGACCAAGCAGUGCACGGCAGGGGCAGGCAUGGCGUCAGGGGAGCGCAAGAGCCCCAUGGGUUCAGCAGCCAACAGCCCUAAACCGCCAAGUACCAAGACUGGGGGGGAGAGCAGCGACACGGAGGAUGACGGCAAGAGCGAGUCGAGCUCUGGCGCUGGCCCCAAGGUACCCCCCCUUAAGAUUGUGCUUGGGGGAGGCACAGAGCAAGAGCCCAACACCAGGAAUGGCAAGAGUUCUAGCAACCGCCUGCCUUAUGUAGUCAACACCAGCUCAGGGGAGGAGAAAGAGGGCACUGGAGAUUCCAAAGAGGGCAUUACAGCAGUCAAGAUGGAGGACCAAGGGAAUUCCAACAGCAAUGGCAGCAGCACGGGGAGUGAGAAGGGAAGCGGAACAAGGAUAACGCGGUCCCAGAGAGGUGGAGGAAGCAGUGGAGGUGGAGGUGGAAACUCUAGCUCGGCUGAAGAGUCAACAACAGUUGUGUGUCCCACAGUGAAAGCGGAGGUGAAGGUGGAAGAGUCCACAAUCUCUUCCACUUCCCCUGAUGCUGUUCAUCCACGAAAGAGAAAAAUACGCAUGAAGGAGACGGAACCUGAAGCCCCACCAGUAUCACUUGUGGACCAACCUAUAAGCAAUUGUUAUGAGACCUUCUUGAAAAUUAGAAAGCAGAUUGAGCGAAGGAGAGAGAACCUGCGCCCAGUCCAGCCAAAACCUCCGCAAGGGUUCAAGGACUACCUAAUGAACAGAUGCUCGUAUGUGCUAGCAGGGAAUGCUUCAUCAAGGCUAUCUGUACCUGUGAUCUCCCCUCCAGCAUCCCUGUGCCAGUUACUGAAGGACCUCUUUAAUGAACAGGAGAAGGAGCGGUAUAGGCUAAGAUUACAGCAUCUCAUAGAGAAAGAAAAACUAGUGUUAAGUGUUGAGCAGGAGAUUUUGCGUGUCCAUGGAAGAGCAGCAAGAGCCUUAGCCAAUCAAGCCCUUCCGUUCUCUGUUUGUACGUUUUUAAAGGAUGAGGAGGUUUACAACAUAAUUUCCCCUGAGCAAGAAAAGGAUGGUAAUGCUCGCUCUAGGUAUAAUGGCCGACUCUUUCUUUCAUGGCUACAAGAUGUUGAUGAUAAGUGGGAUAAAAUUAAGGAAAACAUGGUGCUGCGCCAUCACAAUGAGGCGGAAUCACUCCAUGCAGUGCAGAAGAUGGACUGGGAGUGGAAGCUGAAGGAGCUGGGCGACCUGGAUGCCAACACCAAACCGCAGAUAGAUGACCUGCACGUGCCCAUGGUCCAUGUCUCGGAUGACUUUGACCUUCUCCCAGCCUGAGAGGUUGAUGUGGAUGAAUCUGAUGCAGUUUUUUUUAAUUAAUAUUUUUGUCUACGUAAGGGGUAUUUUUGAAGUCCCAAGGUGUGAGAGCUAUAAUUAGACUUCGUACUACGCUUCGUUGUGUAAUGCCUUGCCUGUUCACACCACCUCAACCCCUGCGACUACUUUCGCAGCCCAGAGUAGUGGCGGCUUGGCUUUUUUUAUAGAUAUUUUGCACAUGAGGCAAAACAUGGAAGUGAUGAGGAGACAUUCUGUGGCUGUGAUAUUUUCUUAGUUAAAACUUUUUGAACUUUCUGCUGGCUUGCAGAUAGGUCACUUAAACAGAGGUAGAAGCCCUAAGCAUAUUUACCUUACUUUUCUUUUUUUUUCUUCUUUUUUUUUCUUUUUUUUUAGGAUAUAUCUGUAAAAUAGUGUUCAAAUUGUCUGUCACACUUCAUUGUCCUCUUCAAUAGAUCUUCCAAUUACUCCCCUGCAGAAGGAGUUUGUAUCAAGUCUGUGGACAGAGAAAUGGGUCUGAAUUUCUGUGAUAGAAUCUUUCUUUUCUUUUCUCUCUCGACUGUUUCUAUCUUGGUUUCCUGGGCCCAUUAUUAGCCAGGAGAAACUGUCCCAAAUUAUGAAUAUUUCUUAUGUAAUCUACAUAAGCUUCCACAGUGUUUAACGGUAAAUGUACCUUGCUGUUUGUACCUUUCGCAAGAAAAAUAUAAAAAUAAAAAUGUUAUGCAUGGAAUAUAAAUGUCAGAUAUCAUAUAUUUGUCAUGGAAGUGCACCAUUUUCUGUUCAAAAUGUAGAUGUAUUACAUUUCCCAUGUUCCCUAUUUUUGAGGGAGCUGUUAUUUCAUCUGUGUCAGAUUGCUGUUUGGGAAUGAUAGAAGGACAUUACUAACCUCAGACAGUUCUUUUUGGUUCAGGCAACAAGAUAAUUACGUUGCCUGUAUUGUUUUCUUUCAAUAGUUCUGAUUAUGUCAUACACAACAUUAAAUGGAUUUGUGUGAUCUGUCGGCAUUUGGUGUGAUGUUAGGAUUGAUAUGUAACAUGUCAUGUAUGAAGCCUGUCUGUUACCUAAAAGACUAACUUGCUCAAUUUAUUCUUUAAAUGAGAUUAACUCUUAUUCCAUUAAAAAGGGACUUAUUAUUUAAAACUAAACUUUGUGAAAUGGAGAUUGUAUAAUGUCAUAUAUGGUGAAGAGUAAGAAAUUAUAUUGUGAUACAUGUAAUAAUUGUUUGGUGUGUUGAUAAUGGAAGUAUGAGGAACAAAUUCAGUCACCCAAUAAUUAUACAAAUUUUAA